AAACAUGAUCUGUGUAUUCUUUCAUUCAAGAAAUGUAAUUUGUACAAUAUUAUUUUUGUGUUUUAAACGUUUUGGUUAAUAUUAGUCACGUAUUAACUAGUACCUGUCAUAAAAGUGCACCAAAACAUUCGGGAAAGAAUCAAAAUGAGCAAUCAUGUAACUUAGCUCUAAUAAUUGUAACAAUCGUAUAAUUUAAUUUGUUGAAAUUCAUCAAAAAUAUCCUUAUUUAUGAAAUUGUAUCAAAUUAAAACCCAUAAAUUCCCAAACAAGUUGCGGUCCAAUUCCGAACGAAUAAGCAGAAAAGAAUUCAAGUGCUUUUAAAAUGAAGUAGGUAGUCUUAUACAAAAAAAUAUGCCAUGUAUGCUCCAGACCAGAGAAGAAAGGAAACGAGAGAUGUUAUAUAUCGCAGCAAUUCGAGCCUUGACUUGAUAUACACCGAGCAUUCCACCGGAAACGGCUUAAGACGUGAAUAUGGAAGUCACGGAUCUAUCGACGUGAUAGGUGGAGCAAACGACAGAUUUCCAGCAAUGGUUCAUAAUUACAAUGGAAUAUCAACGCCUGAAAAGCAUCCAGGCUUAACCAAAGCGAAUGAGCGCUUUACUGAAGUGAACAGCGAUCAUGCAGACGGACCCACGCCCCGUUCAAGUGCCAGUCCCAAAACUAGACUGAAACUAAACAAACUGUGGGGUGCAGCCUCUGGAACCCGACCACAACUCGAUGAAGUAUCAGUCUCAAGUGUUACAGAUGUUUCUAAAAGGAAGCAAUUUGCUCACUAUGACUGUCAAUCAUUAAUGACUAAUUUGAAUUAUGCUGCUAAAGUCCGUGGUGAACUACUUAGUCGUAGACGCAACACAACUACUGGUGCAUCUGCUGCAUCUGCAACCAGAGGACUUCCAUCAGGUGAAGAUGCUUUAGGAGACACAGGGGAUGGUAGAUCAAAUGAGCUACUUGAGAGUUGUCCGUACUUCAGGAACGAGCUAGGAGGGGAAGAAGAACGAUGUGUGUCAUUAUGUUGGCGUACUGCACGUGGAGCUAUCAUAGGACAGGCGGGUGGUUGGCAUCGGCCACGGACGUCGUACGGUAUUUCAAUGCUGGAGUUCCCACCGGGUCAUUCACAUUGGCGAAACGGCUGCCCUUUCGUUAGGUCAAUGGCACCACUUCCAAUCGAAAGUCAAGAUCUAGGUGCUUUAUACUAUCGAAACUAUUUCUACAACCAACCGCACCAGAACUGGUUCGGAAUGGAUGACAUCCUCGGACCAGUAGCAGUUUCCAUAAAGAAAGAACGUGUUGAAUUACGACGUGGCAACACAGACGCAUCGACGCCCCUAUCCCAACUCGUAUGGCAAUACCGCCUACUCAUACGGACUUCCGAAUUGCUCACCUUACGCGGAUCCAUACUCGAAGAUGCUUUAAUAAAUAUUAAACAAACAAACAGCGCUUCUUAUAACACAAAAGAAGUUUUGGAAUAUGUUGCGCCGGAGUUACAACUUAACUGCCUAAGACUGGGGAUCUCAAACAGAGGUGCAGAAGAGCAACUAUUACGAUUAGACGAACAAUGCGUAACACGACAUUAUAAAGUAGGAGUUAUGUACUGCAAAAGUGGCCAAUCAACUGAAGAAGAAAUGUAUAACAACCAGGAAGCUGGCCCAGCAUUUGUUGAAUUCCUUCAAAUGUUGGGGCAAACCGUUAGAUUGAAAGAUUUCGACAAGUACAAGGCUGGCUUAGACAAUAAAACUGAUUCGACCGGGCUGUAUUCUGUGUUCAGUACUUAUCAAAGCUGCGACAUUAUGUUUCACGUGUCAACGAUGCUUCCCUACACACCGAAUAACAGACAGCAACUGUUAAGAAAACGACAUAUCGGAAACGAUAUCGUAACUAUAGUAUUUCAGGAGCCCGGCGCCGCCCCGUUCACUCCGCGCAAUAUUCGUUCACAGUUUCAACAUGUCUUUAUAGUUGUCCGAGCAAUAGAUCCAUGUACGGACCACACUCACUACAGUAUAGCUGUUAGUCGUGCUAAAGAAGUGCCUUUAUUUGGCCCCCCGAUAAAAGACGGUGCUGUUUAUCCCAAAGGAGAAGCCUUUACCGAUUUGCUUUUAAGUAAGGUAAUAAAUGGCGAAAAUGCUGCAAUACAAUCACCAAAGUUUAGUACAAUGGCAACACGUACUCGCCAAGAGUAUCUAAAAGACCUUGCGAAGAAUUACAUCACAGCUACCACAGUUGAAACCGGUCAAAAGUUUUCAUUAUUCUCAUCAUUGCUAAUGAAAAGUGGAAGUAAUUCCGCGAACAGCACGAUGGUAGCUCGCGUGGAUAACUGUACUAACGACGUUCUGGUGGGCGGUGCGCUUUGCUUUCAUGUUCAUGUGCAAGAUGAAGGUGCUGGUGGAACAUUAGUAGAAUGUAUAAUGGGAAUUUCGGCUGAUACUAUAGUGUUUGUUGAAGAUUUAAAUCGACAAAUUAUCCUAGUUUUGCCAACUGCUUCGCUGCUUGGUUGGGUGGUGAGCAGCGGCUGGGUCCGCGUGUACUACCAUCGCGGUGAGAGCGUGCGCGUGCAGGGCUGCUCCGACCCGCUGCUGCGGAGACUGGCCAGCGUCGCGCCGCCGCACGCGCAUGCGCUCUCCGAGAUCACGCUGGAGAGAGGAGCCGCUGCACAACUUGGUUUCCAUGUCCAACCAGAUGGCUUAGUGACGGCAGUCGAAGGCGGAGGGUGUGCAGAUAGAGCUGGCAUACGUCGCGGCGCCCGGCUGCUGGAGGUGUGCCGCGCCGCUGUUGUAGCGCUCAACCAUGAUCAACUCGUAGAUCUGCUCAAAACAUCUGACCCGGUCACUGUGCGAGUAACGUUCGCGUCGGGUCUGAAGUGUCAGUGCGAGACCGGCGGCGAGGAGUGGGCGGCGCAGGCGCGGGCCGACGCGCAGCAGCCGGCGCGCGGCCGCCGGGCCUACGAGCGCGGCCACUCGCCGCCCAGAUCCGACAGUUCCGGAUACGGCACAGGAGGAUCGGGUCGCAGCGGUCGACGGUCGCCGGACGGUGUGCGGCGCCGCUCGCAUGACGACUCGUCGCCGCGCCACUCUCGGCAGAAACGCUCCUCCGCUAAUACCAGCUCGCUUACGGAGGAACUGAUGCGGCUGAUGGACGCGGAGCUGGGGCCGGGGCGCCUGGAGAGCAGCGCGGCGCCGCUCCCGCUGCCCGACGCCACCGCGCUCGACUGGGCCGCGCUCGUGCACACCGCCACGCGCGCCAUGCUGCAGAUCUGCGAAGAACAUCAAUAUCCAUCAAUAGAUAAUACUGAUCCUGCUUUGGAAGCUCUCAGCACGGAACCUAUAAACGAUUCCUGGUCUGACGUCACACAAGUGAGUCCGCAGCCGACGGCGAGUGCGGGCGCGGGCACGCCGAGUGCGUGCGCGUGUGCGUGCGGGCUGGCGUCGCGCGUGGCGGCGCUGGAGGCGGACCACGCCGCCGCGCAACGCCACCGCCACCAGCUCGAGGACGAGGUACGUCGUCUCCGUCGGCACAACGCGAGACUGCGCGAGGAGUCUGCUCGGGCCGUGCUGCAACUGCGCCACUUCACGCAAUGGUUGAAGAGGACAGUCGACAGACAAUAACCCAUACAUCGAAUCCUGAACAAGGGAUUACAUCUCAUAAGCAAAAGGUUCGUUUAAUCUAUCAAUAUGUUUAAGGGAACGUACUGAAAAUUUUAUUUUACAUAUAGUAUAGUACAUACAGUAGCAGUAAACUCAACCCAAUUUCAGUAUAAAAUCGUUAUUUUUUAACUCACUAAUUAUUAUGGAUAGCCAGUGAAUGAUAUAAAUGUAAUGAACAAAACAAAAUAGCAAACAUGUAAAAUUUAAGAGUAAUUUUUGAAGUGAAACUUCUUUAGGUGCGUUGAGAGUUAAAUUUAAGUCGCGACAGAUUCGUUAUGACCAGAGAGAAAAGAUACAAUUUAGUGCGAGCGAGAGUGAAAAAAUAGACAGAGCGUCUCACGAACUAGUCGCGACCGUCGAGAGAGAGAAAGGAAAAGCGAGCUAGGUCGUUUCCCUUGUACACAACAUUCCCUAUUACAAGAGAUAUUUGAUUUAAGAAUAAAAAUGAAGAAAACCACAAUACUAGACACCGCAAAAGAAGUUUCACUUCUUUCUCGUGUACCAAGUUGCACGCGCACAAUUUUGUUUUUGAGUCCUCUACAAUAAUGUUGUAACUCGAUAAAACAACAGAAGAUAAUGUGCUCUGUUAAAAACAUAAUGAUGUCUAUUGCUCUUAUUAGAGUGGUUACAACCUUUGCAGUUCGCAUCGUUAAUGAACACAGCCGAGCGCGGCUGUUGACCUUUUGUCGAGUUUUGUACAGUUGACAUUGCGGACAUAUGCCCUAAAAUUUUAAUAUCCACAAUCAUCUAUAUGUAUAUGUACGGUGAAAAGAUAAGAAUAGAUAAGAUUAUGGUCAUUCAGAAUUCAAUUAUCAUUAAAGUAUUUAUACAAACAAUAAGAGUGACUAAUAAAAAAAACAAUAGAUUAAGAACCAAAAUAUUUAAGAUUAAUACCAUCGAUUUAAGGCUAUUCACAUGAUAGUAAUCAAAUUUUAUUAGUUAAUUAAAAUGAAAAUCAAAUUAAUUGUAUUUCGGAUUAUAAUACGUCAAAUCCCUUUUAUCGCAAUAUCCACGUUGUCUAAUAUUAUCGUAUAUAUUUUUGAUAUAAUUCCAUAGUAAUAACAAGUGUUUUUGUUGAAGAAUCUAGAACAUAAAAAUAACGCAAAACAAAAUAUUUCUGUGUGAAAUAUCCUCCUAAAUUAUUUUUAUAUCAACGUUGAAUUCAGAAAUUAAAAUACAUAAAAUUUAUAAAUUUUACGUCAAGUUCACGCUCAAGUCACUAGUCGCAGUGAUGUCCGCAUGGGGGCUCGCAACGCCCAUGGUAUUGUCGUUGUUAAUAUUCAACUACGCUGUCCGUGGUACCAUCCAUCUGUCAUCUUAAGGAGUAAAAUAAUUAAAAUAAAACCGUUUAACUGUUUCUGAAGUUGGGUUGAAUUGAUCUUUAGUACACUAUUUUUAUUUUAUAAGUAUACAAAUAAAUGAAUUUAAAGAAAACCUUAUGAACAUACUGAAUCGAUUAAAUGAACAUUAUGAGAUGGUGGUGAGAUGGAGAUUGAGUUACAGAUAAUAGAUAAUAAGGUUGUGAAUUUCAACCUCAUAAUGCUACUUAUAUUUCAAUUAUAGUUGAAAUUUACAGCAAUCGCAAACGCUAUUCGUAAAUACGUAUGACCCUUAAAACACCAAGCGAUGAAAAUUAAUCUUAUGAAAUAAAUAAUAUAAUAAUUAUAUAUAUAUAAUAAUUAUACAUAUUUAUAUAGUACGAGACGAUGUUUCUGCGCUAUGUCUUAUGAAUUCUGUGCCUUUCGUGCUUCUAGUGAAGCUUUUGUGUUUGCGUAGAAUUUAAAAACGUUUUGAACAACAAUAUAAUGUGUUGAAAUAAUAUUGUUUGUACAUUUGUUUGUUAUCGAUGCAUUGCUAAGUAGGAAUUGUAUGGUUAUUAUCUCAACUGGCUUAUACCGGAAUACCGGAAGAUGAAAUAUGAAUAUCGCCGAUUCGACAAAAUUGUACCAAUAAUCACGUUUGCGUGUCUCAUACGUCAAAGGUCACCUGUCAGCUGUCAACAACUAACCAUCGAGAAAUGGGACGGAGUUGAAAUUUGGUCUUUUUAUACCGGGAUGCCGGUAGGUGAAAUAUGAAUAUCGCCAUAGGUCAAAUUCGACAAAACUGUACCGAUAAUCCCGUUUGCGUGUCUCUUACGUCAGCUGUCAACAACUAACCAUCGAGACAUGGGACGGGGUUAGAAUUUCGUCUUUUUGGCGGGAACACGAGGAACGAAGUAGUUUGAAUAUUUUUAUUUUGUCUAUUUCGUGUUUCUUCAGGUUUAAAUAUAUAAUAACGGUGGUUUAUUAACUGUUUAGUGAAAGUGCACUAAUAAGGGAAAGUGAUGCAAAGCCUCCGGACGUAACUUCUCGGGAUCCUCCAAAAAGUCCCUUGAAAAGUCUCAGUAAAUCUCAUUUCAUUUAAUAUCAUGCCAAUUGAUUAAGUUUCUUUCCUUUUUUUUAAUUCAUAAACUGUAAAUAAUGAAAACAGCGAAUUAUAAAAAUCUUAUUACUCGACGCUGGCUAAUGCAUAAACCGUGCUGGAGCCAAAAAAUAAAGAAGAAGACAUGGCACGGCUCCGACCAAAACUUUCACUUAAAACGGUUAAAUAAAAAAAAAAGUGUGUGUGUCCGCUCCGACGCACGACUGGAGUUUACUGGAUAUAAAAAAUUAAACGAAACAAUACGAGAAAUAGUUCUAUAUUACGACAACACGAUACACUACAGAUUAUUAACAAAUUAACGAGACACAAAACAAACGACUAACAAAUAUAUGAAAAUACAAUAAUGAGAGAAACGCGCGAUCAGUACGAGGCUUUGUGGCGGACUGCCGGCGCAGCAGCCCGGCGUCACCUGCAAUAACGCGGCCGCGCGUUGGCUCCUGAUUGGCGCCAACGAGCCAAUCAGGCGCAUAACGCAUUUCGUGUGACAUGCUAGUACGAUUUUGAUUGGCGCGCGCACGCAUCACGCAAUCAGGAGCCAAUCAGGCGCAUAACGCAUUUCGUGUGACAUGCUAGUACGAUUUUGGUCCCCAUAAUUUUCAUACCCCGGGCCUAUAUAUGUAAAUCGAUUCUAAAGGAGUAAACUCCAAAAAAGUAUCUGACCGAUACGUGACCUUUUGACGUUUGAACAUUGCGUCUAUACCAACCUUUUUUGAUACACAUCGACGCCACAGUAUAAUACAUUUGGAAUAUUAUUCAAAUCUAAAUCUUCGUCGUACAUCCAUAUUCUGUAUUUAAGUUUUUUCUAAAAUAAUUCAUAAAGGUAAUGAAUACUUCAACGUGAGUAUCACAAUAGGAGCUUCAUUCUUAAGGAUCAUGCAUUAAAUAAACUGCUAAAAUUUUUCAGAUUUCAAUUGUUAAGAUUUAUUUAUUUAUUUAUCCAUAUAAUUUAACGGUACAUGCAUCGAUGUGUUAAAUAAUUUAGAAUAAUUAAGUAAGGAUUUAAAUCUGUAAGGUGAACACCAAUUAGCGUAGGAUAAAAUUAAAGUAAAAAACUUGAUUUCUUAACAUGUGAGGUGUUGAAUAUAUAGCAGUGUGGCUUCUUAAAAAUAAGGAAAGGGCAUAUAAAUACCUAUGGCUUUGAUUAGUGUUUGCUUAGACAAUUAACCGUCAUUUAAAACAUCGGCACUUAAAAUCGCAUAAAUUUGUUUUUUAUUAUCCACUGUCAAAACAUUGCUGAGGACAACGUUUAUCCGCAGUAGGGAAUAAUAUUUUUUGUAAUAUAUAUAGUAGUGUUGGUGUGCUCUAUAAUAUUUAAACGCGAAAAUAUUUAAUUUGAAACCCUGAAAACUUUUGUUUUCUGAACGCCACGUUGUCAAACGAAUUUUUAAUCUAAAAGCCUGUGAAACAAUACAAUCAGUGCAGAAUUACAAUAAACUGAUAAAAUGUUGUGCAAAAAAAUCCUUCUAAAUAUCAAAAUGAUUUUCUAUAUAUUAUUAUUUUCAUUCUGAAAUAUAUUUGCAGUACCUCAGUAAGUACAUGCUCUGAAUAUAAAUAUUUUGUAACUUACUUUAAGAAACUCUUUCGUCUUGGUUGUAUUAUUGUAACUGUAAAUAUGAGUCUCAAAAUUUUAGUUAAUUCUGAAAGCUUUAUUAGAAAGUUAGUUAGUUUUCUCUCUCGAUUGAAUAAGCGACGUGCUCUGGAAACUUUGUGUUGCUAAUCGGAGUAGCGACGAGACAGACUUAUUAGUAUUAUCAAUAAUUAUCAAUAAGUAAUUAACAUAAUAAUUUCUUAUCUGUCACAUAAAAAGAUAGAUAAAAAAAAAGUAAAAAUUAAUAUAAAUGUUUAAUGGUUUGUUAUUCAAUAUUUUGAGACGAUUUAAGCGAUAGCUACUGAGAAAUCGCCAAAAUCGUUUACCCAAAUUAAAACUAUCAUAAAUUUACAAUACUUUUUUUACCGCUUAAAAAGGUAAACAUUUAUGUGUGAGGUCUUAGUAAAUUUGAACUAGAUUACUUGACUCAAUUUUGUAAUUAUUUUUAAAGUCCGAUAGCAAAAUUCAAAAUUUGUAAACACAUAAUUCAUGCACAUACCGGUUUAUGACGUCACAUGACGAAUGCAAUUGCGGGCGGACGUGUGAGAGGUAAUCGAAAUUCUGCUUUCACAUAUGAAUGUUUUUUUAAACGCUUAAGCUGCCUCGUGUAUUUUUUUAUUUAUUAUUUAUGUACUCGAUCGAUUUACAUAAUAAUUAUCGUAUUUAGCUGAUAAAUACAGCUUUAAAAUAAAUCAGUCAAAAGCAAAAAAACAACUACCAAAAUAUUUUUGCGCAUAAUCCGGACGUGUGACUGCCGAUAUGAAUCUACGAAAGGCAAGCUAUUUGUUAAAAAUAAUGAAAUGCUUUAACUUAUAACUUAUUAUAAUUUCUCGGUAUAAGUAAUUUAAUAGUGACUUUUUUUUUGUAAUGCAUAAUUUUCUUAUAAAUAAUUUAUUCUCUAAUCAAAUUUUCGAUUUUUUUUUUAUAUUUGGCUAAGUUGUAUGUCGUAUUAAAAUUCAGUUAAAAAUAAAAUUUCAUUUAUAUUUAGUUAAUGUACCAAAAGUAAUUUAUUGUACUUAUUAAUAAGUCUAAACAAUGUUGACAUGUUCCUGUUGUUAACUUUUUUUUUUAAAUCAAAAACAUUUCAAUUUUAAUAUAAAAUAGUGGUCAGAAGUGACAACGCUCUAAAUCUUAAUUUUGGUGAUGGGGGUAGAUGUUGAAUAAAAUAAAAUGUAUAAUACACACAAUAGCUUAGAACAUAAUUUAAACUACUUUUACGUUUUGUUGUUACGGACGAAAAUUUAUUGUAAAGUAAUCGAAACUUCGGAAACGUAAAGACAAAAUUAUACUUUAAAAGUAGUUUUAAUUAUUAUCUCUAUAAUUCGCGAAAACCGCGGAAAAUGCCUUCGAACAUCUCUACCAUUAAAAUGCAAAUACAUACUGAAAUAUUCUCAAUGCGUGCCCAGUCAGUCAUCUUUACACAUAUUUUAUAUUUAUAAUAAUCACGUUACACACUUAAUUUCGAUACAUAUUAUUUUCAAAAAUUGUUGUUUAACUAUACAUGUUUUAAAAUAUUGCACACGAUCAAAUACGAAAUAGGAUAUUCUAUACGAUAUUACCUGCGGGCUCCUCUCGUCAAACAUUUUAUAUAGAUCUAAUGUCGUUUCAAUAUACCAGUUUAAAUGUAACUGAACCUUAUAUUGACUAACCAGAGAAAGCACAAUAAACUAUAGAAAAACUACAUAUUUAUAUUAAUUAUGAUCAAAUUAACAAACAUAAAAAAACAACAUGUCUCUUUAACCUUAACUUCGUAAGCUGCUAAUUAAACUAUAAAUUGUAUAGCAACGUUUAUUUUAAAAAUUUUAAUAAAAAAAAUCUCCCACCAUGUUUCUUAGAAUACUUUUCUUUAAUAAUGAAUAUUAGAUUAGUUUAAAUUUAAAUAGUAAUAUUUGUUUUGUCUUUUCAGCUUGUCCAAAUUUUUAUGAAUUUUUAAAAGUACAAUAUUUUUUUACAAUUUUUACAAAAAAUAAAAUAUUAGCAUGUUUCUCUCCAACUCCCAUAUAAUGCAUCACAUAGAAACAAAAUAUCAAAAUCGUUAAUUAAAAAAACUUCAAGUGAAAAUUUACCCGUUUUCUUUUCGAUUCAAUUAUAAUUAAAUGAUAGCUCUGAGUUUGUGUUUCGUUAACUAAAUGAUUAAAUAUCAUGACGGUUAUAUAUUAUCAAUUGAACACAAACUUCACAAACAAAGUACCUACAUAAAAUAUGUAUUUAUAAUUAUAUUUGGGCAAGCUUUAUAAUUAAGAACAAAAUUGUUACGUAACCAAAGUAAUUACUGUUAACCUCCGUUUUGUACUUGGGUUUUUGUAGCAAGUUCGAUAUACUUUAAAUAUUAUCGAAUACAUUCCAAUAAAUUACCUGUAAACCAGAA